GUGAUAAAUCCAAAGAAAAAAGGAAAAAAGAAAAAGUAUGUUAAUUCUGGAACAGUAACGUUGCUUUCCUUCCUAAUUGAAACAGAAGUUUCAUUCCUUGACUAUAUUAAAGGCGGAACCCAAAUCAAUUUCACAGUUGCUAUUGAUUUCACAGCCUCAAAUGGUAACCCCUCACAGCCAACUUCACUGCACUACAUGAAUCCCUAUCAGCUGAAUGCUUAUGGCAUGGCACUGAAAGCUGUAGGUGAAAUAAUUCAGGACUAUGACAGUGACAAAAUGUUCCCGGCUCUAGGUUUUGGAGCUAGACUGCCUCCAGAUGGGAGAGUAUCACAUGAAUUUGCACUGAAUGGAAACCCUCAAAAUCCAUACUGCCAUGGAAUUGAUGGUGUAAUGGAGGCAUAUUACAGGAGUCUAAAAUCUGUACAGCUUUAUGGACCAACAAACUUUGCCCCUGUAAUUAAUCAUGUGGCCAGAUAUGCUGCUUCAGUAAAAGAUGGCUCCCAGUAUUUUGUUCUUCUGAUUGUUACAGAUGGAGUUAUUUCUGAUAUGGCUCAGACAAAAGAAUCCAUAGUGAAUGCUUCAAAGCUUCCAAUGUCCAUAAUUAUAGUUGGGGUAGGACCAGCAGAGUUUGAUGCUAUGGAAGAACUGGAUGGGGAUGUAGUGAGGAUUUCUUCAAGAGGAAGGUUUGCAGAGAGAGACAUCGUGCAGUUUGUGCCGUUCCGAGAUUACAUUGACAGAAGUGGAAACCACGUGCUAAGCAUGGCAAGACUUGCUAAAGAUGUUUUAGCUGAAAUCCCAGAGCAGUUUCUGUCCUACAUGAGGGUCAGAGGAAUAAAGCCAUCCCCUGCACCACCACCCUAUACACCCCCAAUUCACGUGUUGCAGACACAGAUAUGACUGCUCUGAAGUGCUUAGCGUUUAUCACAAGUCUCUGGAUGCAGCAGUAGCUUCUGAUGACUUUUUGGAGCUAGAAAAAUUUUCUUCACAUACCAAAAUUCUCCUAUGGUUGCAUAAGCAACUGGAAAGCUUUUAAUGCUAGGAGCAAAAUGUUGAUGUUCUGAGUCCUUUGUAUUUAUUUUACAGGACACCCUACAUUUUUGAUGUAUU